AGCCCUAGACUUCCGGCGCUGUCAGCUGAGCGUGGUCACAUGACCCUGAAUCGCUGCUCAGUCUGGGUCAGAAGAAGGAGAAGGAAGAAGGCAAGGCCUGGAGCUUCUUCUGGGGUGGCUCUAGGCUUGGAGUCUGGCAGAACUGUUAAAUCAAUAUAAGAAUGGAUAUCCGGGGUGCUGUAGAUGCUGCUGUGCCCACCAAUAUCAUUGCUGCCAAAGCUGCAGAGGUUCGGGCUAACAAAGUGAAUUGGCAGUCAUAUCUCCAAGGGCAGAUGAUCUCAGCGGAAGACUGUGAAUUUAUUCAAAGGUUUGAACAGAAAAGGACCCCAGAAGAGAAACAGGAAUUAAUACAAAAUGAAGGCAGUCAGUGUGCCAAAACUUUCAUAAACUUGAUGACUCAUAUCUCUAAGGAACAGACAGUUCAGUAUAUUCUAACCAUGGUUGAUGAUAUGCUGCAGGAGAAUCACCAGCGUGUUAGCAUUUUCUUUGACCUUGCGAAACGGGGCAAGAACACUGCAUGGUCCUAUUUUCUUCCCAUGUUGAAUCGACAGGAUCUUUUCACUGUACAUAUGGCAGCCAGAAUUAUUGCCAAACUAGCAGCCUGGGGAAGAGAACUGAUGGAAGGCAGUGAUUUAAAUUAUUAUUUCAACUGGAUUAAAACGCAGCUUAGUUCACAGAAACUGCGCAGUACUGGCAGUGCUAAUGAUCCGGGAACUGAUAGUUCACAAUAUGUCCAGUGUGUCGCAGGAUGCUUGCAGUUGAUGCUCAGAGUAAAUGAAUACCGUUUUGCAUGGGUAGAAUCAGAUGGAGUAAACUGCAUUAUGGGAGUUCUGAGUAACAAAUGUGGAUUCCAGCUUCAGUAUCAGAUGAUUUUCUCUAUUUGGCUGUUGGCAUUCAGUCCUCAGAUGUGUGAACACUUGCGGCGUUAUAAUAUUGUUCCGGUCCUCUCUGACAUCCUUCAGGAAUCUGUAAAAGAGAAAGUAACCAGGAUAAUUCUCGCAGCUUUUCGGAAUUUUCUAGAGAAGUCUACUGAAAGGGAAACCCGCCAGGAGUAUGCCCUUGCCAUGAUCCAAUGCAAAGUUCUAAAGCAGCUGGAGAAUUUGGAACAACAAAAAUAUGAUGAUGAAGACAUAAGUGAGGACAUAAAGUUUCUGUUGGAUAAACUUGGAGAGAGUGUCCAGGACCUCAGUUCAUUUGAUGAGUAUAGUUCUGAGCUUAAAUCUGGAAGACUAGAAUGGAGUCCUGUUCACAAAUCUGAGAAAUUCUGGCGAGAAAAUGCUGUAAGAUUAAAUGAAAAAAACUAUGAACUAUUGAAUCUAUAUGAAAGGAAAAGCUUUGCAAUCCUCAAAUAGGGAGCAUCCCUUAUAAUAAAGGGCACUUGUUACCUCCAUAAGAGACACCUAGCAUCCCUGUCUGUAGGGAGGAAGGUUGCCCAGCGUGCUGGAGCUGAACUUGCAGAAACACAGGUGAGUGAAGCUGUGAUGAAAUUAUCACACAGAAAUUUUAAUCCAGUAGCAGAAUAUACCUGUAACAUCUCAGCGGGGCAUAAAUACCUGUUCAUUGAAGAGUUAUUAUUUGCCUAUUCAGAGCUGUGUCUUAUUCAUUCAGAAUCAGAUAUUGAAUGAAUUUGAUCCAUGAUAUAUUAAUUUUUUUUUAGUGUUUACAGUGUAUCCAGAACUGACUGUAAAUAAGCUGUACAAAUCAAAGUGCUUAGGUGACUGUGAAGCAAAUAGCCUUGUUGGUUUGACUUUAUUCAUAUUAGAAGUAACCUAAUCAAGAGUAUCAUGUGUUAAAAUGAAACACAAAUAAUGGAAAUAUAUAUGUGAAAAGCAGUAGUUUCCCCUUCCCCACUCCUCCCCUCUAGGGCAUAUUUUUUAAAUUGUGCACAAUGUUAAAAUUUAGUAGGUAAUGUACUGUAUUAAGAAUUUAUUGUUGACAUAUUUGCGAAGUAUGAGCUGGACAUGAGUUAGCAAUAGAAGACUUAAUACAUAUCUACAUAUAAGCGGACCUUAUUGAAUUAUUAUUUGUCUCAGGUAAAUAUGUGUAAGAUUGCAUCCUUUUAUCUCUCAAAAUUUCAUUAUAUUGGAUUAUACUAAGUGGAUCUAAAAAAGUUGUACAUUUCCACACAUCGUUACAUUGUAGAAGUGACUUGUACUGUAGUGACUAACCAGUUAAUUCCAGUUUUGAAAAAAAGGUCUUCCUAGUCUUAAAACAGCUCAGGGACCAGCAAGGGAGACAUAGUGAAGUGGCCUCUCAUACCAUAAAGAUCAUGGGGGAAAUUCUUCAGUAGAAAGAAAAAAUGGAGUAGCCUGAGGGGGUAUGGCCUCUCAGGUCUGAUAGAGGGCUUCUGUGACCCCCAGACCUCUGGAGGUUGCUCACUUUGAUCUAAUGGAUCAUGAUAUCAGUCAAGCUCUGCUUUGGAUUUUUUGUGACACACAUACUUUGUAAAUUGUGAUAAACUUAGUUCUGAAAUCCUCCACACACACACACACACACACACACACACAAAGAGAGAGAGUGAGCCUUUCCCUUAUGUGGGGGAAAUGUGUAUGCUCGAGCCCCAUUGAAAACAUGCGGUGCACUGUGCGCGCCACAGGUACAGACGCCAUUGUUUUCCCCAUGGCGUGGCUUUAGCGUAAGCUGAAAGCUGUGCAUGGCACACCCACAUAUGGUGUGGGCACACUGUAUAUCAAUAUGAACAGACUACGUUUGCAAACCUGCUUCUGCUUUCAUGAGAACAAGUUCAUUAGACUGAGUUUUUCCUGUGUAAGCAUGCAUAUGAUUGUGUUGUGAAAUGAAAAUUCUCUGUGUUGAUUCAAAUAGUUCAUCUCUUCAUCAGCAUUUCUAGGUGCUGAGUUGUUUUAUUUGGAAUAACCAUUUAAAUCAGUGCUAUUCGAAAGUAGACCAGUGCUAGUUUGUGAUCCAUUGGCUGCUGCUCAAUGGCAGGUUUUUAGGAAAGAAUGAAACAUAAUGGGCAUAAUUUGAGGCUGAUUCUUGGUACAUUGAGUAAAAAAGCCUUUCUGUCUGCGACUGCUGAACAAAAUAUAAGUUUUUAACUUUUUA